AUGCUAACACCUGCUCUCUUUUUGUCUUUAGCAGCAAUAUUAAAUGAUGCGGAGGAUCUGCCGACCUCACCUGUAGAGCUCCCGCAUCCGAUAGUUACCACUUCACGGCAGGAAAAUGAGCAAUGGAUCAGUUUGGGAACAGAACCGACUACUGAAAAUGAAUGUAAUUUUGGAAAUUACGCGUGUCGAAUGGCUUGUAUAAAUGGCGGUAUAUGUUACAAAAAUGAUUCCAAUAAUCUUCGAUUUUUCUUUGUUGGAGACAUUGGAGGUUUGCCUAUUUAUCCAUAUACCACAUAUGCACAAAACUUAGUUGCAAAGACAAUGGCAAGAAUUGGCGACGAAGAAAAUAUUCAAUUUACUAAAACAUUCGAAAAUGUUUACAAAGGCAAAGCGUUACAUAAGCCGUGGUAUUUAAUAGCCGGCAAUCAUGACCAUUUUGGUAAUAUUUCGGGACAGAUUGCUUACACAAAUCGAAGUCAACGGUGGACUUACCCGGCAAGCUAUUAUAAAGUAUCUUAUAUGUUCGGGAAGAGUGCUACACUGGUUGAAUUUCUGAUGAUUGAUACCAUUUUGCUUUGUGGUAAUACACGAGAUGUUACAGAAGCUGGCUUUUUUGAUAUGAUUUUUGCAACUGUUGACAAAAAUCCAAAUGCUCCCAAAGAUCCAGCAGCGGCACAGGCAGAGCUGCAUUGGAUCGAACAGCAACUGAAUAGUUCCAGUAGAGCUGAUUAUUUGUUUGUCGUUGGACAUUAUCCAGUUUAUUCCAUAUCUGAGCAUGGUUCAAUGAAUUGCUUGAUUGAAAAAUUGAAACCACUUUUGGAAAAAUAUCACGCUACAGCGUAUGUUGCUGGGCAUGAUCACACCCUUCAACAUAUUAUCACGAAACAAUCGCUAUCCUCAGAUAGUGCAGAAAAAAUUCCGCUUCACUAUAUUGUUAGCGGUGCUGCAUCACGAUCAGACCGUUCACUUAAGCACAUCGAUACAGUACCGAGAGGGUCAUUACUUUUCAACUAUCCAACAGGAUUUAAUCCAUUCUCACAAAUUGGUUUAUCGAAAGGUGGCUUUAUUUAUGUGAAUAUGGACAGAGAGAAAGCUAUCCUUACAUUUUGCAAUGGCAAAGAUAGCUUCAGUCAGGACAAAGGGAUGUUGCAAGUAGAAGUGAUGCCAGGAUGUGGAAUACGGAACGAUUACAUCGAGUUGCUCCUGGGCAUGCCUAUAAACCAGGCUAUCGCUGCCAUACAGAAUGCAUCACGCCAUAUUCAGAAUGUUGAAUUAACUUACUCUUCCAAGGAACCGUUGUCAAGAGAUGUGAUGAUACGACUGUCAAAAGAUGGCGUACGACUCUAUUUUGAGCCUAAUUCGCAACUGCUUCGGCUGAUUGAGGUGUACGAUUUGUCAAACAUAAUCUUACAAUAUGGUGGUGUGGUGUUCUCCAGUCCUAAAGAUGAAGCAGAUGUAAAUAAAGUGGAAGGUUGUUUUGGCGCCACACAUCCUGGAGUGUACGUUGCUGAACAAAGUUUGUAUGAGUUGAGCUGGAAAGGAUUAUCAUUCAGUUUUCCGACUCUUAAUGAAAUUUCGAAAGUGCAAACUUCGUCUAUUGAUGUUACUGGCUUAGGAUCACUACAGUUUCGGAGUAAUUCUCCUCCACUUCUUGCAAAAAUGGCUAUUUAUCCAGAUUCAUACAACUCACCAAAACCGCCAAAAAUCUCGGAAGCUUCGCUAUGUGGUGUUAUAUGUCCAAUUGAAGUGAAGUCCAUUAGCGAUGGAAGUAGGAUUUCAGGCUUAUUCUUCGUCUUCGCUGCAGAAACCCCAGUGGCGGAUAGUUCCAGUCGAAAACAAGCUUUUGGUUUGAGAAAAAUCGAACGAUCCAUUUUUUUUGGCGAUACUUCCGAGAGUGUUUUAUCAUCAUUGGGUGCCCCAUCUAAAGUAUUUUAUACGAAAGCAGAUCGAAUGUUAAUCCAUCGAGGAGAAGAUUCAGAAAAGUUGCGAGGACCGCGUCCUAAUUACUUCUUCAAUUACUUCUCGUUAGGAGUGGACAUCCUAUUCGAUUGUAUCACUAAUCGUGUUCAGAAAUUUGUUUUGCAUACCAAUUUGCCCGGCCACUUUGACUUUGGAAUAUACGCACGCUGUAACUUUUGUAUUACUAUUACUGAUGGUCCGACCAUUACUCCUUCAUCAAAGCGGGAAACUUUUUUCGGUGCCUUCUGCGGUGACACAACUGUACAGCCAGUAGUGCUUAGUAGGAGUGGAACGGAAAAUCCGUUUGGAUCAACCUUCUGCUAUGGCACCGAUCAAGUCAUUGUCGAGGUAAUGGACAAUGGAUUUAUCGCAUCAGUUACCCUUUUUUAG